AUGGACAGAAUCCCAAAAACAUAUACAGUUAGAGAUGCAUUGGAGAUGGUUGGCAAGGAUGGGAGUGAUAUAGAAUUCAGUGAUGAUGAUUCUGAAGAAGAAUACAACCCUGUGAAUAAUGAGAGUGAGAGCUCUGAUGAUGAUCAAAACUUAGAUCACAGUGAAAAUGAUAGUGAUUCAUAUGAUGAUGAACCUUUGGCUGAACGUUUACAAAAGCAAAAGACUUCCUCUAGUGCCACUGAUAUGCAGGAAAAAUAUAAAUACAGAUGGAGGAGCCGUGGAUUUGAUCAACAAGAAAUGCCUUUCUCUGGUGAUGAAUAUUUAUUGACUGAGCCAGAGCCAUCAUCAUUAGAAUUUUUUAGGCAAUUUGUAACUAAGGAAAUGCUCCAGAAUAUGUGUGAACAGACAAAUGUGUAUAGUGUUGAAAAGUCUGGUAUAUCUAUAGAAACUUCAGUUGAUGAACUGGAGAAAAUCAUUGGUAUGUAUUUCCUUAUGGGCCUAGUUCAACUUCCAUCUGUAAGAUCUUAUUGGGAGAAUGCCACUCGGUACCCUUGUGUUGCUGAUGAAAUGGGUCGCACUCGCUUUCAGAAGCUUCUCACUUUACUUCAUUUUGUCAAUAAUAACCAAGUUACUGAUGAAGAGAAAAAGGACAAGCUUUGGAAAUUAAGACCAUGGCUGGACAAGCUAAGAACUAAUUUUCUUACAGUUACUCCAAGCGAGCACCAGUCUGUUGAUGAGAUGAUGGUGGCAUUCAAAGGUAAAUAUGGACCACGAGUUUACAUGCCCAAGAAACCAACAAAGUGGGGAUACAAGCUGUGGGCACGAGCCUCAUCAUCUGGAUUUAUACAUGAUUUUGAUGUGUAUCAAGGAGCAUCUGAUGAAAUUACUGAUCGGGAUAUAGGUUCUAGUGGUGAAAUUGUGAUGAAGCUUGCAUCAACCUUGCCUGAGGGUAAAAAUCACAAACUUUAUGCAGACAACUACUUCACAUCCCUACCACUGGUUGAAAAACUAAAAGAGAGAGGAAUUCAGUAUGUUGGGACUGCACGUAACAAUCGGUUGAAAGGAUGUCCUCUAAAAUCUGAAAAAUCCCUGAAAUCACAAGGUCGUGGAGCAUAUGAUGUGAAAGUUGACCAGCAGAAAGGAAUUAUUGUGCUAAGAUGGCUGGACAAAAAAGCAGUGACAUUGGUGUCAAGUUAUUGUGGGGAACAUCCGGUAGGAACUGCUAGGCGAUGGAAUAAGAAGGAAAAGAAGUAUGUUGAUAUUCAAAAGCCAAAGAUUGUUGCUGAAUAUAAUAAAUUUAUGGGAGGCAUAGAUCUCAUGGAUAUGCUCUGUUCCUUGUAUCGCUAUUCAAUCAAAUCUCGAAGAUGGUACUUGUACAUCUGGUACCACACCUUGACAGUUGCUAUGGUCAACUCAUGGCUUAUUUAUCGCAAGCAUCAACAGAAUGGUAAAUACAUGAAACUUCGUUGUUUUCAGGCAAUAGUUGCAGAAGGUUUGUUGAAAGCUGGUAAAACCAGAAAAAGGAAAAGCUCCUUAGACAACCCGUCUCCAAUACCCAGAAAGCGGCAGACUUCAGUACCAGUUGAUGAUGUCAGAUUUGAUGGUGUUGACCAUUUGCCAGACUGGGAUAAUGACAACAGGCAAAGAUGCAAGCUGUGCAAAGACUCUCGAUCUCAUGCUAUGUGUAGGAAGUGUAAUGUUUACCUUUGUUUUAAUAAGGACAGAAACUGUUACAAAGAAUAUCACACCAGAGGUUAA